AUGGCGACGCUGCGCCGCUGCAUCCAGCCGGGCGACUGGGUGAUUGUGUUUGCCUCGCGCGACCGCACCCCGACACCGGUCUGUGUCGAGGCCGGGCAGCAGCUCGUGAACCUCUACGGGACGUUUCUGCACGAUGACAUGGUCGGGCAGCCGUACGGCUGCAAGCUGCAUUCGCGCAACCGCAAAGGGUUUGUGUACCUGCUGAAGCCUACGCCGGAGCUGUGGACGAUCUCGCUGCCCCACCGUACGCAGAUCCUGUAUGCGCCGGACAUGGCCUUUAUCGUGAUGAAGCUCAACCUCUCGCCGGGCGCGACGGUGAUCGAGUCGGGCACCGGCUCGGGCUCGUUUACGCAUACGCUCGCACGCACCGUCGCGCGGGGCCCGCCGGCUGGCGAUGGCGUGGGGCAGCUGCCGGCGACGUGGAACGGCGCGAACGCAUCGCCUGGCUAUGCGCCGGGGGCGUACGACGGCCGUGUGUACUCGUUCGAGUUCCACGCGGAGCGCGUCGAGAAAGCGCGCGCCGAGUUUUCCGAGCACGGCCUCGACAAGACGGUCGUGCUCGAGCACCGCAACGUGUGCAAAGACGGCUUUGGGCUGACGAGCGCGGCCGACGCCGCGUUCCUCGACCUCCCGGCGCCGUGGGAGGCCGUGCCGUUUGCCAAAGAGUCGCUGCGCGCGGAUGUCGUGACGCGCAUCUGCUGCUUCUCGCCGUGUAUUGAGCAGGUGCUGCGUACGGUCGCGGCGCUGUCCGAGCACGGGUUCAGCGACGUGUCGACGUACGAGAGUCUUAUCCGGACGCACGAAUCGCUGACCAAUGUUGCGCCGCUCGAGCCGAUCAAGGACGUCGUCGACCGGAUCCGCGACAAUGAGCGCCGCCGUGAAGGCCGCCGCGAGAUGCAGAUGGCCAACUCGCGCAUGGAGCGUGAAAAGAGGGAGGCUGCAAAGAAGAAGGAGAGCAAGGAAGAGCGAGAGGGAGGCGAUGGGAGUGGCGAGGUCGAGGUCGACGACGAGGCCACGGAAACCGAGGCGAAGGAAACCGAUGGCAGCGCCCAGCCCGAGACCGAGACGCACGGCCUUGCCGACGUAUCGAUGCACACCGAGCCCGCCGACUCUGCCGAAACGCCCUCGGACGAGCCGGCCAAGCGCAAGGCCGACGACGGCGACGAGCCGGCCACCAAGCGCCGUACGCAGCCGGCAGACGACGGCCCCGCCGAGCCUCCUGCCGAGAUGCUGUACAGCGCUGGCUUCCGCCAGCGCCUCGAGCUACGUCCGCUCACGCCGACCAACGUAUGCGCGGCCACACGAGCUACUUGA